GCCUCUGCAGGUGUUCAUGCAUGCCGUGGGCUCCAGCGUCCCACAGCAGGUCCAGGGUGGAGGCCCUGCAGCCUCGGCGCUCUGGAUGUGCAGCUCUGCAGAGGAAGACGUGUCACUCGGGCUGCCGCUGCACAACUCGCUGCUCUGUGAAGAAGCUACAGCCUCUGGAGAAACUGGUUGACAUGGCCCUCCGGACCUGGGUACCUGGCCUCCUGGUCCUCGCCUCGCUGCUGCCCUCCGCAGCGGCGGGCAUCGAAGACCCGCAGCUCUGCUACGUCCUGGACGGCUUCCUGGGUCUCUACGGACUCAUCAUCACCGGCAUGUUCAUCAGGGAGAAGUUCUUCAAAACCAAGGUGAAGGGUUUCGAGGAGCCCACCUACGCGGGUCUGGUGGGAGGUUCUGCUGACACCUACGAGCCCCUGACGACGGACCCUGAGAGGGGCAGGAACCGCAGGGUGGCCGACGACUCCACGUACACGGGCCUGCAGAGACGGACAGAACCGACGUACAAGGAGCUUCCCGUCAAGAGAGAGCAGCGCCAGAGGAAGAACGAGCAGGUCUACCAGGGUCUGAGCUCCGCCACCAGAGACACCUACGACUCCCUGCAGAUGCAGCCGCUUCCGGCCCGCUAACGGCGCCGCGGACCGCCGGUUCUGACCCGACUCCACCAGACGGACCGCCUUUCAGAACCACCGUUCCUGCUAGUCCAUGAUUGAAGCGCUCCGGUUCCGGACGGACAGAAACCCAGAAUUCUGCUAAAUUUAGCCGUUUCCACCAAAUUUUCACAUUCGGAAAUAACAAAAUGUAACAAAAUCAUUCUUUAAAUUUGCAUAUACGCGACAAAGUGUGUGACAGAAAUUAAAAACUUCUCACGUUCUCGUUAGCUGAUCUUAUAACGGAAGUAACCGGACUUCCUGUGAGAUAAAAGUUCAUGGCAGAUGUAAAUAAGAGGCUGUAAAAUAAGAUGCUAAAGUAGUCGCUGCGUAGCCGCUUCUCAUGUCCUUCUGUGUAAAAUACCGAGAAAAUUAAAGUUGGAGAAGUACGGAAACCCAAAGGGGACAAAAUUAAACACAUUUAAUAAACAGGUGCAUAAAUAAAGCAGUAAUCAGAUGUAAAUGGCUGAGAUAUUUCCAUUUUAAAGAAUGUUGAGUGUUAAAUGAGCACAUGAAGGGUAAACAUGCUUUUAAUUGUAAUGUUCCAUGUAAUAUUGAAAAUGUUAUUAGAUAUUAGAACAUGGAUGAUGGGUUUCCGUACUGCAGCUACAUGUAGCUCACAUUAUCUCCUUGUUUUUAUUGACUUUAUUUCUUUGAGUGUCUGAUUUAAUGAAGUUUUUUCCUGAGAAUUUCCGCCGUUGUUUGAAUGUUCUGAAAAACCCAGCUUGGUUCUGAAAGUUCUGCCUCUGUUAAAGCUUAUUUCUGAGAAAAAAAGAGUCUUAAAUAAAUAGUUUUUACUCGUGUCUGCCACCUGCUGGGUGUAAUAAAGGUUUGCGCCAAAGCAAA